AUGGCAGUAAGGUUAUUAUCAAGGUUGGUUCUGCCCGAAAUAAGAGGCACAGUGUACUUCAGCUCUGCGGCUGCACCAGCUACCUUAUCUGAUUUCGAUGUCCAACAUAAGACUCCAGUUAUUAGGAAGCAGCAAUCGAUUCCUAAAGCGCAGUAUGGUGGUCGUCAUGCUGUUUCCAUGCUGCCUGGUGGUGGUAUUGGGCCGGAAUGCAUGGGCUAUGUCAGAGACAUUUUCAAAUACAUUGGUGCACCAGUUGACUUUGAAGUAGUUGACAUUGAUCCAAAUGUUGAUAAUGAUGAUGAUGUGCAGUAUGCUAUUACAACCAUCAAAAGAAAUGGUGUUGGAAUUAAAGGUAACAUCGAAACGAAGAGCGAAGCAGCGUAUGUGACGUCACGUAAUGUUGCGCUCCGUAACGAGCUGGACAUGUACGCCUACGUCCUUAACUGCAAAUCCUACCCCGGUGUCUCAACAAGGCAUAAGGACAUUGAUAUUGUCAUCAUUAGGCAAAACACAGAAGGCGAGUAUGCCAUGUUGGAGCACGAAUCUGUAAGAGGAGUGAUUGAGUCCAUGAAAGUUGUAACCGCCAGUAAUUCAGAGCGUGUCGCUCGAUUCGCUUUCGAAUACGCGAAGAGAAACGGAAGGAAGAAGGUUACUACUGUCCACAAAGCGAACAUUAUGAAGCUCUCCGACGGCCUGUUCUUGGAGACUUCGCGCCGCCUCGCCAAGGAGUACCCAGACAUUGAACACAAUGACAUGAUCAUUGACAACUGCUGCAUGCAGCUUGUGGCUAGGCCACAUCAGUUCGACGUAAUGCUUAUGACAAACUUGUAUGGUUCUAUCGUAUCAAAUGUUGUUUGCGGUAUAAUUGGCGGUGCAGGCUUGCUCUCUGGCAGGAACUACGGCGACAACUAUGCAGUAUUUGAACCUGGCACCAGGAACACUGGUACAGCGAUUGCAGGCAAGAACAUCGCAAACCCUAUAGCGAUGAUCAACGCAUCCGUCGACAUGUUAGAGCAUCUCGGCCACCAUUACCACGCGGAUUUACUUCGCAGCGCCGUAAACCGCACUAUCAAUGUGGACCGCAUACUCACGUCCGACUGCGGUGGAACCGCCUCCUCUACGGAUGUAGUGAACGCUAUCAAAGAAAACGCAAAUCUAAUUGCGAACAAGCUGCCCUUCAAGUGA